AUGCAUAUCAUCAAGCCAGUCUGGCUCACACAUGGAGGUGAAAGGAAAGAUUUCGAGGUUUACAGUUGUGAUGUCUCGCCUGACGGAAAGAGAUUGGUGACUGCCGCAGGAGAUGGCUAUGUGCGGAUAUGGUCUACCGAGGCCAUCUACAAUACCGGCAAUCCGGAAUUCGCAAGUAAACCGAAGCAGCUUGCUUCUAUGAGCAAUCACUCCGGAACGAUCCAUACCGUUCGUUUCUCCCCAAACGGACGAUAUCUCGCGUCAGGGGCGGACGAUAAGAUUGUCUGCGUUUAUACGCUGGAUGCCAAUCCACCAACACACGGUUCAACGUUUGGGUCGGACGAGGCACCGCCUGUAGAGAACUGGCGCACUAUUCGGCGAUUGAUCGGUCACGACAAUGAUGUACAGGAUCUGGGAUGGUCAUAUGAUUCGUCGAUUCUGGUCUCUGUCGGGCUGGACUCUAAGGUUGUAGUUUGGUCUGGACAUACAUUCGAAAAACUGAAGACGAUUGCCGUGCAUCAGAGUCACGUCAAGGGCAUCACGUUCGACCCCGCGAACAAGUACUUUGCUACUGCCAGCGAUGACCGUACUGUUCGCAUCUUCCGAUUUACUUCUCCUGCGCCAAACUCGACAUCUCAUGACCAGAUGAACAACUUCGUACUGGAACAGACCAUCUCCGCGCCAUUCGCUAAUUCUCCCUUAACCGCCUAUUUCCGUCGUUGCUCAUGGUCCCCAGAUGGUAUGCAUAUCGCUGCCGCAAAUGCGGUCAAUGGACCUGUUAGUUCGGUGGCUAUUGUUAACCGUGGCUCAUGGGAUGGCGAUAUUAACCUUAUCGGUCACGAAGCACCGGUCGAGGUGUGCUCAUUUUCUCCGCGGCUGUACUCCCGGGAGCCGAUACAGAAGCAGCCGGCUGAUAACCAUGCGGCACACCAUAUCACCGUCAUUGCCUGCGCGGGUGCAGAUAAGUCCUUGAGUGUUUGGAUUACAAGCAACGCUCGUCCUAUUGUGGUAGCCCAAGAAAUGGCGGCCAAGUCCAUUUCAGAUUUGGCCUGGAGUCCGGACGGCAAGUGUCUUUAUGCCACUGCGCUAGAUGGCACUAUUGUUGCAGUCCGGUUCGAGGAAGGCGAGCUGGGUUACGCCGUUGAAAUGGAAGAGAACGAAAAGUCUUUGACCAAGUUUGGAACGAACCGCAAGGGUGCCGGUAUCACAGAGACCACAGAUGCCCUGCUACUUGAGGAGAAGAGCAAGGCCGGUGAAAUCAAGGGCGUUGAAGGCCGUAUGGGUGCACUUAUGGGUGACGGCCCGGAGCCUGCUGUCAACGGGGGGUCUGCGCCGCAGCCAUCUAACGGCACAACUCCUGCACGAGCUUCGUCGCCAAAUCCAGAGCCCGCGAAGACAAAUGGAACAGCAUCCACCCCUGCUGCCACCGAAGCUGAGAAACCUGAUCCAUACAUGGCCAAGCUGGAAAGACUCAAGCAACGCCCAACGUAUACUAAAGAAGGAAAGAAGCGCAUUGCCCCCCUGCUUGUUUCUGGUGCCGGUGCUGGAGAGUCUUCUCUACCGCAGGCUCGUUUGAUGGCUUCAGUGAGUAGCCAAGCCAAAUCUGAUGCCCCAGCAUCCAUCGUUGACCUUUCAAAACCAUUUGAUGGGCUACCCAAGGGUGGCUUGACUGCCUUGCUUCUUGGAAACAAGCGCAAGCUAGCUCAAUUAGAGGGUGACGAGGAGGGACAGGCUGAGAAGCGUGUGGCCGCGGCGAGCCAAAAUGGUGCGACGCCCAUUAUGGCCAACACGCCUGAUGGGCUUCUCCCGGCCCAGACACAACCGGCGACGGCUGGUCAGCAGCCUACCCCGGAAUUCAUUAGACCCGCGGUCACAAAUCCCUGCAUGGCCGUUAGCCAGCUGCGGCUGGCAGUUCCCAAGAUCCGAAGUCACAUUCUUCGUGCACUAGAUUUGACUGGGAAACCGACUGAUCCGCCAGCCCCUGGUGGAGGAGAUUCGAGCACCAAGUCUAACGUGGACGUUGUCUUUGAAGCCCGGAAUCCUUCGCCAGCCAGUUUGACCGGCCGUGCUGUGGAUCGGGAACCAGUGCGUCUCACACUCUUUCGUGGCGAGCACCCAUUAUGGCAGGACUUCCUCCCCAAGUCUGUAUUGCUGGUCACCGGUAAUCAGAGUAUGUGGGCUGCUGCCUGCGAGGAUGGCUCGGUUUACAUCUGGACUCCCGCCGGUCGUCGCUUAGUGAGUGCUCUGGUCUUGGAGGCACAACCCGUCAUUCUAGAAUGCAACGGGCCUUGGAUUCUUUGCAUCUCAUCCGUGGGUAUGUGCUAUGUUUGGAACGUGAAACACCUGUCUUCUCCACACCCUCCUGUCUCUCUACAACCCGUUCUUGAUGCCGCCAUCUAUGUCAUGGGCGCCAAUCCCACUGUUGCCCCGGCCGUCACCGACGCACGCGUCAACUCAGAAGGCAGAAUUGUCGUAUCCUUGACCAAUGGAGAGGGAUACUCCUACUCGCCGACCAUGUACACAUGGCAGCGUGUCUCAGAAGCCUGGUGGGCUGUCGGCAGCCAGUACUGGAACUCGACAGAGGCACCUGUCGGUAACCUGCAAGCAAGAGACGCACAACAAGAUACGAAGGAUGCCAAGGCCGCAGUUUCAGCUGGCAUCAUUCCCUUCCUGGAGCGCAACACCACAAAUGAGACUCUCCUUCGUGGACGUGCAUACUUCCUGCAACGGCUGAUUAAGGUUCUCCUUUCCCGUGAAGGUUAUGAGACCUUUGAGUCUAGCGUCUCGAUUGCUCAUCUUGAGAACCGCAUGGCGGCUGCUUUGUCUCUAGGCGCGAAGGAAGAGUUCCGCUUAUACUUGAAUAUGUAUGCCAAGCGCAUCGGUGCUGAGGGCUUGAAAAUGAAGGUCGAAGAGCUGCUCAAGGGAUUGAUUGGUGGCCUAUUCGAUGAUGAGGAGGGCUCUGAUGCCGUGUCAAAGUUGCAGAGCAACGAGCGCGAGGGCCGCAAUUGGCGCGAGGGAUCGGAGAAUCUUUGUGGUUGGCCACGAGAGACUCUGCUAAAGGAGGUGAUUCUUGCUCUUGGCAAAUAUCGGGAACUCCAGCGUGUGACUGUUCCAUACGCUAAGUUACUGGAUAUGGUUGACAAUACAGACGCCGAUGCUAUGGACCUUUGA